AGAGAGAUAGAGAACACACAGAAAGAUAGACUGAAAAGACAGAAAGGGAGGGAGAGACAAGGGAGGGUGGUAAAUAUGUGACAGGAUGUGGUUUCCCUGAGCUUGCAGAACAUCGGUAUACAGGCAUACUUUGAGCAUGACCUAAACACACCAAGUGUACAAGUGUGUUUGAGCUCCGUUAGGUGGCGAGGGGGGAAGACGAAGCAAACCGCUGGAGCUGGAGCUGGAGCUGGAGCUGGAGCUGGAGCUGGAGCUGGAGCUGCUGCUGCUGCUGAGCCUGUAGAGCCAACAGACGCUCUGGUGUCUCUGCUGCCUGCUUGCCAGAGGGAUUGUGUUUCCUUUCAGCCGGCCAACUCCACGGCAACCUCAAUCAGCUUGUCGCACAGGAUCUGAACCCGUCCUCCAUCCUCUCUUUGUGCUGGUCUCCUUCCAAGUAGAAUGCGUUUCUAUGCUGGAAACUCUGGUCCAGUUGCUGCCUUCGCAUCCACGCAGUGAACUUUUCAACUAGAUUCAGAGAGAGGGUCCGUGCACGAGCUGAGGAGCCAUGGGUUGCGGGCUGCGUAAGAUGAAGCCGAUGGCGGAGGAGAGUAGUCCAGGGAAGAUUUACUCCACCCUGAAGAGACCGCAGGUGGAGACCAAGAUGGGCGUGGCCUACACCUACCGCUACCUGGACUUCCUGAUUGGCAAAGAUGGUGGGACGUCCACGCUGCAUCUCUCGUCUGUGCGGGAGCUGCCAGACCAGCUGCAGGAGCUUUACCAGCAGGGCUUCGUUCUGGCAGCCGUUCACCCGUUCAUCCACCCCUGUGGUCCGGAGUCCAACAGCUUACCACACCAGCUCUACCGGGCCAUACUGGUCCGACUCUGCGACGGGGUGGAGAGGAGCCAGCCAGUCUGCCCACCUUACAAACUACAGCUGGAAGAGUGUCUGUCUGCUGAGCAGGUGCCCACCCCAGAGCUCAUCCAGGGCUACGUCAAGAAGCAGAUCCAGGAUGCUGCCGACCAGGGAGUGAUGUUCAUAGGAUUUGUCCAGGAACCAUACGGGGCACCGUGCACCAGGAUCAGAGAACCAGACACCCCCUCCCUCUCCCUGCACUCAAGCCCCAGCUCUGUGCUCGGUUCCCUGGGCAGCCGCAGCCCCUCGAACCCCUCGAGCCCCAAGAGCCAAGCGGUACCUGCAGCUCGAGAGGAUGCAGCGGACAAAGAAGGGAAUGAGGAAGCCUCGUGUAAAGCAGGGGAUGAAGCGGUGGGUGAGGAGAAGAAUGAAAGCGAGAACACUGGGAAUAAUUCAGGGAGCGGGACGGAGGGCAGACAGGUCGAGGCCUCGCCUGCAGCGUCUCCAAUAUCAGAGGCAGAUCUGGAGCGGAGUGAGGAGCUGACUGAGGAGGAGUCACCGUGUCACAAUAACAACAAAGACACAGAGACAAAGGAGAGGCCGAGAUACCGCCAGCGGAGAGGCGAUGGGGUGGAACUGCUGGCUUUGUACAACCACCCGCCGGUCCGAGAGGGGCAGGUGAAGUACUACACCGUCAAGGUGCCGCUUCGUGUUCAGAACUGUGACGAGGGAGUGAAAGGAGUGGAGGCCAACUGGCUGGAUCACAUGACGCAGCACUUCAACAACGGAGCCUCGCUGGUCGACGGUUACUUCCACCUGGGCAACGUGAACGAUUUGCUGCCUAAGUCGGUGGAAAGUGUCUUCAUCUUCCAGGAGGCAAACGAAAGCGAGCCGAAUGUGGCCACCCCGAUAUACGACGCCAUCGUGGUGGAGCAGUGGACCGUGAUUGAUGGUUUGCAGGUGAAGGCUGAUUAUGUUCCUCUACUGCAGUCCCUGGCCACGUAUGGCUGGAGGCUCACCUGUGUGCUGCCAACUCCUGUAAUCAAGACUAACAGCGAUGGAAGUCUGUCCACCAAACAGAUUGUUUUCCUGCAGAGACCAGUCUUGGGCCGAAAGAGGAGGGAAUCCAAGAAAUUGAUCUUCAAACCCCGAAGCAAAUCCAACAAGAACUGCAUCAAAGACCCAGCAAAGAACAAGAAGAAAAAGAAAACAAAAAACGAGAAGGAUUCAGAAGAUCCCAAGAUUCCUGAUGAGAGAGAAAAGGUUGAGAAGGAGGAAGAGAAGAGCAGCGAUGAAAGGGUGAACACAACACAGGCAGAGGCAGCGAGAGAAAGUGAGACGUCGAAAGAAAGGGAGGCGAGUUGUGAGGAAGAUAGAAAGAUUGAUGACGGGGUUGAAAUCAGCGUAGAGACUGUCGAAAAGAGAGAUGGAGGAGCGGAGACUAAAGACAAAGGAGCAGAAAACGGCACGGAAGAAAAAGAGGGAGAAGAAGAAAAGAUAGAACUGGACCACGAGGGAUCAAAAGAGAACGGAGAGCCUUUGGAGAACGGAGCGGUCCUAGAGGUGACAGAAACUGUUGCGAUUGUUGAAACAGAGAGUGAGACCAAAGACAAGGAGGAAGAGGGCGUAGCAGAAGCUGGAGCUGUAAUCGAGAACGGGGUAGAGACGGAUGAAGAGAAAGAAGAGGGCAAAGAGGACGUGAUCAAAUGCCAGAUAGAAGAACCAGCAGGCGUGGAAGUCAUCACCAAGGAUAUAACGGCAGAUUCACAGACCACACCGACUAAUCAAAGCCCAGAAGAGUAGCCAAGAGUAGUCCAAGUCAAAGUUUUUUUUCCCACCCUACCUCUGAAAUUCCCCAUCUUGAGAACUGGUUCACAGUGUUAUCCCUGAUCCACAUUAAUGGGGCUUUGAUCCCCAUCGCUGCAGCGUUCCCCAAACCCUUGUGACCUGUGUAGCUACGGAACAAUUUCAUGUAACAGCGGACAUCAGUCCUACUGUAUAACCACACAUACUGAAUGUAUAUAUCCAAGAUAAGAGAUGCUGGUGCAGGAGUCACUGGAACAGGGACGUGAACGCCUAAGAUGAUGCCAUGAUUACAAACGGCUCAUUUUUCUUUUGCUUGAGAAGAAUGAGCAACAGUUUUAAAGGCUUGGUUUCGCCAGCGAAAUAAAUCUGCAAGAAUUCUUUGUGUCGAGUCGGCACACAAAGUUACACAAAAUCGAGCCAUCUUGACUGCUGACCUUUCAAAGGAACAGCAAACCAAAUAGUCCAAAGUGGAGAAGCUCUGUCUCGCUACAUCUACCUUUAUUUGAA